UUAUUUAGUCAGAAACAACAUAUAAUUGGCGCCGCUGUAACAACAAACAAGAACAAGAAACAGUCUCUUUGAAUAGUGUACAGAAGAUCCCCCAGACAAACCGAUGCUUUUAACAAUAGAUAAUCAAAACCCAACCCAAGUUGCAGUAUGGAAAGCAAAUUAAAAAUUACAGAAAUUGUUGUUAUCAUAGAAUGGUAAACGCUGCACGGGAUAAUUGCCUUUGAUUUUUGAAAUCUUAACGUAGUAAUAGCAAACAAAAAAACGUGUUUCGUGGGGACACUCUUCUUUGCGUCAUCUUCAUCUAUUACGGUUAAAUUAAGACCAAUCACCAAAGUUACGUUGAUGUAAUAUAGUUUGGUAUAGAGAUGGGAACCUAAGUUGUUUCAUUGCCUUGGUUUGACUCCCAACCGAGAAGAAAAAAUGGUGGGUUUCGAACUAGAAGGAGCUUGAAAGUUUCAGAGGAAACCGCUGUAGAGAAUAGGUGUUACAAGAAAGUGGGAGAAUAAUGGAGAAGAAAGAAAUAGAAGAAGUAGGAGGUGAACUGGUAUUGCUACCUCCUCCUCCAACUUUAACUAUUGGAAUAGCUAUCAAUGGAAAUAGAAAAAGCAAGUAUGUGGUCAAAUGGGCGUUGGAUAAAUUCAUUCCAGAGGAAAACGUCGUCUUUAAGUUGUUACAUGUGCGUGCAAAGAUCACUGCUGUUCCUACACCAAUGGGAAACUCUAUUCCGAUUUCAAAAGUACGAGAUGAUGUAGGUGCUGCUUAUAAGAAGGAAGUGGAGUGGCAGACAAAUGAAAUGCUUCUUCCUUAUAAGAAGAUGUGUGCUCAAAGAAAGGUGGAAGUUGAUGUUAUAGUGAUUGAAUCAGAUGAAGUGGCAAAUGCAAUAGCAGAGGAGGUUGCCAAGAGCUCUAUUACUAAGCUUGUUAUAGGAGCUUCAUCUCAUGGGAUGUUUACAAGGAAGCUUAAGAAAAAUAAUUUGUCCUCAAGAAUCUCAGUUUGUACUCCAAGCUUUUGUACGGUCUAUGCUGUUUCAAAAGGAAAGUUGGCAUCUAUUCGACCAUCUGAUUUGGAGACAAAUGGAAGCACUAAAGAUGACAGUAGCGAAACAAGUGUUUCUUCCAAGAGCGCAUCAAGUUAUACUUUCAGUUCACAGACAGAAUUUGGUUCAGUGGCAUCCUAUGCUACUUUCUGUUCUCCUUCCCUACCAAUGCAGCGAUUUCAAGCACUUUCAACUAUAAAUCAGACAUUUUUACAUUCAAGAACAAGUUCCGUUGAGAUUAACCAGUCUAGAUCGCUUGAGUCCAGCCGGUCUUGGUCUCCUGAUGUCAACCAUUCUAGAAGCCAUUCUCUUGACAUUGUGGCAGGAAAGGAUGAUGUGAGCUCUCUUCCUAGCUGUUCAGAAACUAGGCAAGCAGUCAGUCCGAAUUCUAGUUGCAGAAGCUUGCAAACAGAUCAACAAUCAUGGUUAUCAGAUCAAAUUUCUACCUCAGAUGUGCUGACAGACUAUUAUUCUUCGUCUGAAUGUCAGGUAAAUAUUAACUUUGAGCUAGAAAAACUCAGAACCGAACUCAGACACAUUCAAGGAAUGUAUGCAAUAGCUCAAAGUGAGACAAUUGAUGCAUCUCGGAAGUUGAAUAUUCUAAGCAAACGUCGGCUGGAGGAAGCAAUGAAGCUUAAGGAGAUAAGUUUGAAGGAGGAGAAAGCCAAAGAAUUAGCUAGAGAAGAGAGGCAGAAGUAUAAAGCUGCAAGAAGAGAAGUUGGGCAAGUGAAGGAAUGUGCUGACAGAGAAGCUUCGCAGAGGCGAGAAGCAGAGAUGAAAGCCUUUCACGAUGCUAAAGAAAAAGAAAAGCUUGAGAAUGCUCUCACAGGUUAUGUCCAACGAUACCAAAAGUUCACAUGGGAAGAGAUUGUUUCAGCUACAUCCUCAUUCUCAGAAGAUCUUAGAAUUGGAAUGGGAGCAUAUGGAACUGUCUAUAAAUGUAUGUUUCAUCAUACAGCUGCAGCAGUGAAAGUUCUCCACACAAAAGAGAAUGGUAGAAGUAAGCAAUUCCAGCAGGAGCUUGAAAUCUUGAGCAAAAUUCGUCAUCCACAUUUGCUUCUCCUUCUUGGUGCAUGUCCUGAACAUGGUUGCCUAGUUUAUGAGUACAUGGAGAAUGGUAGCUUGGAGGAUAGAUUGCUCCGGAAGAACAAUACCCCACCCAUCCCAUGGUUUGAGAGAUACAGAAUUGCUUGGGAAGUAGCCUCAGCUCUUGUUUUCCUCCACAAUUCAAAACCGGAACCAAUCAUUCAUCGUGACCUGAAGCCAGCAAACAUAUUGCUUGAUCAUAACUUUGUGAGCAAAAUUGGUGAUGUUGGACUUUCCAUGAUGCUUAGCGCAGCUCCUUCCUCUACAUCCACCAUGUACAAGGAUACAGGACCUGUUGGAACACUCUGCUAUAUAGAUCCUGAGUAUCAAAGAACUGGGCUAAUAUCUCCAAAAUCCGACGUUUAUGCUUUUGGGAUGGUAAUAUUGCAGUUGCUAACUGCAAAGCCAGCAAUGGCACUAACUCAUGUGGUGGAAACAGCAAUUGAUGAUGAUAACUUAGCAGGGAUUUUAGAUGCAGAGGCCGGGAAUUGGCCAGUUGAAGAAACAAAGGAAUUAGCUAUAUUGGGACUGAGUUGUGCAGAGCUUCGGCGCAAAGACAGGCCUGGUUUAAAAGAUCAAGUACUUCCUGUACUAGAGAAAAUGAAGGAGGUUGCAAAGAGGGCUCUUAUUUCGAUUUCCACUGUGCGGUCUGGACCACCUAACCACUUCAUUUGCCCAAUAUUGAAGGAUGUAAUGAAUGAACCAUGUGUUGCUGCAGAUGGCUACACUUAUGACCGCAAAGCAAUUGAGAAAUGGCUUGAAAGGAGUGAUACAUCACCGAUGACAAAUCUGCCUUUGUCAAAUAAGAAUCUGCUACCAAAUUAUACUCUUCUUUCUGCAAUUGUGGAAUGGAAGUCCCGAAAACACUGAUAUUUUAACUCUUCAUUCUCCAUUCAUCCCUUUCUAGAACUUGAAUUGUAUAGUUAAGUUUUUGGUAGUAUUGAUUGUACAAUCUACUAUGUUUACCAAGUCUUUCAACUUUUUUGUGUGCUUUAGAUGUAAGUAGAUAUGCAUUUGUAUAUAUGCAAGCUAGAAUAGUUUCAUCUUUCUCAUCUUGUUUGGCUUCGAUGGUUCUUCCAAGAAUGGUUUUAGCUACAUCCUAUAUGGAAUCGGCUGAUACGAACAAUUAGCUUGUCUCUUUGGCUCUCUUUGGAUUGAACUGAAUAAAGAAUCUAUAGUUUCCAAGAAUAUGCACGAAGGAUUUUUUUUUUGCACCAGUAUGCUGUAUUCGUGAGUUUUUGACUUCGUUGACCCAAAGGAAAUAUGUACAUUGUCGAA